UUGAGCACAGGGAGAAAGCGGCACAUCGCAACACGCCGUUCCAUUUUUGGGGCAGAGAAAGCAGCAGGGAUAUUUCAAGCUCCAGGAACUGGAGUUUGUAGCAAAUGCACUUUUUUCGUCCAAGUAUAUUCCUAACCGAUGUGAUGGAGACCCAAAGAGAAGGUGAACAAAAUGUUCCACAACAUGUUGAUAUAUUUCAGCCUCUGGAAGAAACUCAAAUUUUGUUACCUGAACAAGCACAGUGCUUGGCUGUGAAAGCCUUACUGCACAUGUGUGGUAUCAAUUUCACCGUAAAAGAGAAACAAAAUGCGGAACAAAUGUCACCAUCAGGUGAGCUACCUUUCAUAAAGACAGAUGAAGUGAUCAUUUCUGAGUUUGAUUCAAUUGUUGAAUUUUUAGCUGCAAGAGGAAAGUCACUUUCAGCAGACCUAAGUGCUGAUCAGAAGGCUGAGCUGCAGGCCUACCUGACCCUCACCACCAACAGGCUGUACAUGGCAAAGCUAUUUCUAAGCUGGAACGUGAAGGAAAAUGCAAGUGCAAUAUCUAGGCCUAGGUAUGGGUCACCUCACAAAUGGCCCUUGAAUCAUGUGCUAGCCUGGUCCAAGCAAGCCAAGGUUUACAAGAAGCUUAGAGUGUCGGGCUGGAGUAGCAAGACAAAGGAACAGGUUUAUGAUGAUAUACACAAUUGUUGUCGUUCAUUAUCAGAUCGUGUCGGAGAUCAGUAUUAUUUUUUCAUGGAUCAGGUUACAGAACUUGAUGCAUUGGUGUAUGGACAUCUCAAAUCAAUGCUUACAACCGCUGUUGAUGAAGGACAGUUGGCUGUGGUUGUGAAGGGUUACCCAAGACUUACACGCUUUUGUAAACGAAUAGAUGAAAGAUAUUUCUCAUGAAUGCAAUAAAGAAAAUAUUAAUCAAUAACAAUGCAAUGGUCUCAAGUCUCCCAGAAAUCGGGACGGCAUCCUGCAUUUGUACGAGCAAGCAAAAACCUCCCGGAAACUAACUUUUCUCCCGCAAAUUCAUGAUAUUUGCAUGACUUUGCUACUGUAUUAUGAAAUGUCUCCCGUAAGUCAGUUCUUGAUAGGUAUCGCCACAAGUAGCAAUAUAUAAUUAGCUCAUUUAACCUAUCUCUCAGUAGUGGCUUUUUCCAACUUGGGGCCACCGACAAUGAGAGAUGAACUUCAUGUGGUUGGUUGUAUUUUUGAAUGAUUAUCACAAAUAUUAAAUGUCGAAAUAUAUGUUGAAUCUGGUUAAUAAUGUACAUUAUUGCUUGAAUAUACUCUCAGUUAUAUUUUGGAUGCUAUGGUGAAGAAAAACAAAAUGAGUGAAUCUACGGUAAAUAUUAAAAUGUAUUAUACAAUACACACGGUUAUUUUCACAACCAGCCAUUUAAUUGUGCUGACAAAAGUACUCAGUAAAUGUGUAGUCUUCCCACUGUAUGCUCUUACUAUACAGUGUAAAUUUGCUGGAAUAAGUAAUUAUUUAAAUAAGCAAUUAACAUAAUUACACAUGUAUAAUCAACGUCAAUAACCUUCGUGAUAUUGUAAUCAUGUCAGAACAUUAUUUAAAGGCGGUUUUCCAAUAGGCGAAUUUAUACGCGCGAAUCAAUUGUGUCGGUUCAAUUCCUGUGCUCUGAUUAUUGGCGCAUUUUUUGACUUCCUAAAAUUAAAAACAGUUCAAACUACUGAUUUCGCUGAAGCGAAAAUUCUCCUAUAGAAAUGUGAAUACACAUGAACCGACGCUUUUGAUUCGCUCGAAUAAAUUCGCCUAGUGGAAAACAGAUUUUAACGGGACCGUGGCAAGCGUCUGUAUUCAAUGUAGGAAUGUAAAAUGCGCAUGUGAAUGAACCGAUGCUUUCGAUUUAACAAUUGUGCUAGCUAAAGUUUUCAGUAAUUGUGUAGCCUUCGGACCGCUGAUGUUCUUACUAUGCGGUGUAUAUUUACUGGAAUAAAUAUUUAUUCAAAUAAGCAAUUAACAUAAUUACACAUGUAUUAUCAAUGUCAAUAACCUUCGUGACAUUGUAAUCAUGUCAAAACUUUCUUUAAAGGCUGUUUUCCAUUAGGCGAAUUUAUAUGCGCGAUUCGAAAGCGUUGGUUUGCUUUCUGAUCUCUGAUAUGUUGCGCUUUUUUAGUUUCCAAACAGUAGACACAAUUCGAAUUACUGAUUUCGCUAAAGCGAAAAACUCCGAUAGAAAUGUAAAUGUGCAUGAACCGACGGUUUCGAUUCGCUCGAAUAAUUUCGCCUAGUGGAAGAAAACAGGCUUUAAAGGGACCGUGGCAAGCGUCUGUAGUCAAAAUGCUGAUUUGUGAAACUUCAGUUUUCAUUGAAAUAAUGAAUUUACUACCACCAACAACAAUGGACCUUUCCGGAGGGAUGGUCAAACUUAUCUGCUGACCAAUCAGUAGAGAGUCAGAGUAUACUCGUGUCCUACAAAUAUAAUGUGUUGCCCCAGAAACGCACGUGCUAGUGUAAUCUCAGUUAUUGUUUUGUGGGACCUUAGCAACAAUAUCCAAGGGGCGUGGCUUAGCAGAAAGUUCAAUUAUGUUUUUGGUAUUUCUCUUACAACUUCAGUUAUCUUUAUCAUUAAACUGUGUUUAAAUAGAAACUAUUCAAUUUUAACUACUAAAAAUUUAGUGUAGUGUCUUUCUGAAGAGUUUUAUUACAUUUAAAAAUCUGGAAGUAACAUGUGUGUUUUUAAAAGUUUAGGUUUUCGGAUGGCCGAUGCUGAAGAUUAAAUAAAAAAAUAUAUAACAACAGAUUAUAACAAAUUGGAAUGCAUAUUUUGUGUGGAAAAUUGGUGGGUGGUGUGCCAUGUUCUACUUUAAAAGUCCAAUUACUAAUUAUAAUAAAAUAAUAAACGAAGUACUG